AUGGCGACUGUGAAAGAGGAAGAUGGGAAAGAGGUUGUCAAAGUGGAAGGGGAGGAGGUAGAAGCUUUCAGAAUCAAAAACGAGGAAGAUGCCAUAACAUUGAAAGUAGAGAAUGUAGUGAAAGAAGAGGAAGAACCUUUUAGAGUAAAAGAGGAAGAGGAGGCUAUCUCAAUAAAAAAGGAGGAAGACGUUUUGGGAGUGAAAGCGGAGGAGGCUGAAGAUCAGACUACCACCAGAGAGAGACGUGACUAUCGUGAAUCCUCUGGGGAGCAUCAACAACAUCCUGAUGCUGACGAGGAAGAGAAGAGUCUCUCCAGAUCAGAACACCAGAUGGACAACGCUAGCCCUUCCUCUCUCCCGGAGUCCCUGUAUCGUGCCUCUCCCGGUAGCACCUUACUGCUGGGUAUGAAGAGGUUGUCUGUGCUGCUGGUGGACUGCAGGAAAACAACAGGGCUGAGUGGAACUGUGAGAGGAGGAGAAGAGAUGAAAGGAUCAGAUUUGACACAUCAAAGAGAAAGACCAGACUCAGAAGAACCAGAGCCAGGGAUGUCCAAACCAUCAAGAAGACACCAGUGCUCUGACUGUGGAAAGGGUUGUAACAGGUUAGGGGCCCUGAAACAACAUGAGAGAAUACACACAGGGGAGACGCCUUACCACUGCUCCCACUGUGGCAAGUGUUUUAAGCGGUUAGGGAAUCUGAAAGGCCACGAAAGAAUACACACAGGGGAGAAGCCUUACCACUGCUCCCAGUGUGGAAAGUGUUUCAGCCGGUCACAAAUCCUGAAAGCCCAUGAGCUAGUACAUACAGGGGAGAAGCCUUACCAUUGCUCCCACUGUGGCAAGUGUUUUAAGCAGUUACGGAAUCUGAAAGGCCAUGAAAGAAUACAUACAGGGGAGAAGCCUUACCACUGCUCCCAGUGUGGCAAGUGUUUCAACCAUUCAGGGAAUCUGAAAGACCAUGAAAGAAUACACACCGGGGAGAAGCCUUACCACUGCUCCCAGUGUGGAAAGUGUUUUAAGCGGUUAUUGAGCCUGAAACGACAACGACACGGGCUAGUACACACAGGGGAGAAGCCUUACCACUGCUCCCAGUGUGGAAAGUGUUUUAAGCGGUUAUUGAGCCUGAAACGACACGGGCUAGUACACACAGGGGAGAAGCCUUACCACUGCUCCCAGUGUGGGAAGUGUUUUAAGCGGUUAGGGAGCCUGAAACGACACGGGCUAGUACACACAGGGGAGAAGCCAUACCACUGCUCCCAGUGUGGGAAGUGUUUCAGCCGUUCAGGAAUCCUGAAAGCCCAUGAGCUAUUACAUACAGGGGAGAAGCCUUACCACUGCUCCCAGUGUGGAAGGAGUUUUUACCAUAAAAACAGCCUGAACCAACAUGAGAAAAUACACAGAUGGGAGAUUCAUUACCACUCCCUCCCGGAGUGCAAAUCUUUUGCCCAUUUACGAAGCCUGAAAGAGCAUGACACAGAGGAGAAGUCUUACAGAAGGUUAGACUUUGGGAAAACAUAUUACUCAUAAUCACUUAAAUGUCAUUAGAGAAUCCACACAGGAGAGAGAAAUUACUACUCUUAGCGUGUAUAUUGAUAUUUCACAUCUCAUUUUUCUUACAAUUCAUCAGAGAACAUACACAGUGCUCCCGUUGUCUUAUAUUGUUGCCUAUAAUGUGUUGACCUGUUUUUACCAGAUGAAAUUGUUUUUUGUAAAGUUAGUGUGGGAGAGGUGGAAAAAUUGUUAUCGGUCAAUAAUGACAAACCUCCUGGCAUUGACAACUUAGGUGGAAAGCUACUGAGGACAGUAGGAGUGGCUAUAGAGUCAGCUAUCUGACAUAUUUUAAAUAUGAGCCUAGAGGAAGGUCUUUGUUCUCUUGCCUGGAGGGAAGCCAAAUUAAUCCACUACCCAAGAGUGGUAAAGCGGCCUUUACUGGUUCUAACAGCAGACCUAUAAGAUUGCUGCAAGCUC